AUGGUGGAGGUUUACGAAACCAUCCAAGAGGAUUCCAUCGAUCACGACGAGCCAGAUGACGUGCCCAGGAUCCUGAAGAGGCGCAUGGACGAUGGGGGCGUGGAUGAAGACGGGGUCCGCGAGCUUCUUCCCACAGAGGAACGGCAGCUACUGGUGCAAACGUGGAUCAUGCGUUUGUGCCACGCCAUCCGCACUGUGGCAUUUCUGGGGAUCCAGAAGAUGGACAUCCUGAGCGCGAGUGGCCAAGAUGACCAGGAGAGCAAAGACGAGCUGGGACUACAUGGAGAGGGCUCAGCCGAGCUCACGCUUUGGUCAUCCUGCCGGGCAGUCUUGAACAUCCUGCAGGAGCUGCUGAGCCGCAACGAGCUGAUUGAAGAGCUCUGGGCGCGAGCUGUUGCUUCCAGCUCUCAGUGCAUUGUAAACAACCCCAACGGCAAGAUGAACCUCACCUUCCUCACUGAGAAGGCGACCUUCUUCUGUCCCUUCAGCUACCUGCAGACUGCAGCGGCGGGCUCAGCGGGCAGCUUCGGCUCGGUGGUGGCGAAGCUGAAGACCUUCUUCGACGAGGCACAAGUGCAAGAAGUGGACCCCUUGAUGCUGGUAUCGAUGCUGCUUUACCACCCACAGGCCUUGAUGCGGCUGGAAGCCUUCAAGCUGGGCUGCCGGAUUCUGCGGGAUCCCAACGUGGCGCUGCAGGAGGCGUACAAGACCCACACCAGCGACGACAUGCACUUGCAGAAGGCCAUUGGCUUCCAGUUCUGCGUCUUCGAAGAUCUCUACCGGCGUGACACCUAUACGGAGAAUCACAUUGACAUGAUGGCCGGAAUGCUGAAGCUCAUUCAGCAGCUGUGCGAGGGCCACUUGCAACCGCUGCAAGAGUUCUUGGGAGCCGACUACACCGUGGAGGAACUGGACAUCUUCUCUGCGAAGACGUUGCCCUUGGAUGAAGAAGAGGAGCAGAAGGGCAGCCGGCGAAGAGAUCAGGAGGCAGAGAAGAAGCAUGAGCAGCCAACCAACAUUGUCCAGUGGACCUCGCAGAUGAUCCACAUGAUCCUGGCGAGCAUGCAGGAGGUGACCAUGAACGGCCGGGAGAAGCAAUAUGUCUUGGUGCAGCAGCUCUUCGACACCGCCGCGGAGUUGGUGCAAGGCCCCAACCGCGAGAACCAGGCCACCCUGCUGGAGAACGGCAUUUGCGCAGAUAUCAACUUGCUGUGGCAGAAUCUGCGGAGAGACGAAGGUCUCUUUCGCGGGCUCAUUCAGGACAACGAAGAGCUCUUUGACGCCUGGAUGGACUUGCUGCGAGUGAUGAGAACCGCGGAGAUUGCUGCGCUGAAGUUUGCAAUGUCCCUCCUAGAGGCAGGCCUUACCAUGGCUUAUCUUCAAGAGCAAAUUCUGCGAGAUUCCGAGCAGUUCAUUGGGGAAGACAGGUCGUAUGAGGUCGUGAACGUGAUCUGA